AUGCCUGACCUCCUAACCCUUUGCCAGGCCGCGUCAGUCGGCGAUAUAGGUGCUAUUCAGAUGCUACUUGAUAGUGGGGCGGAUGUCAACUCCAUGGACGACCAGCCCGGGGUUGCCUACACUGCAUUGCAUCAUGCCUCCGCACAGGGACAUGGCAUUGCAGUGAGGUUAUUGUUGCACCGCAGCGCCGACUUCGAUAAAUUUGGGUCGGACGGCAUGACAGCGUUGCAUCUGGCAGCUCAGAAUGGCCACGAAGAGUCAGUACGUGUCCUGCUGGAGCAUGGAAUAGACGUGAAUCAGCGGGCCCAGUUUGAUCACCUGACGCCGUUGCACUUGGCUGCUGAGGCGGGAAAUUUGCCAGUUGUGCAUGCGUUGCUGCACCACGGAGCUGACAUUGCGGCCGUCGAUGCAACUGGAAACUCAGCUCUACAUUUUUCGGCUAAGAAAGGCCAUAUUGAUGUUACAGCUGCACUCAUCGCUCAUGGCGCGGAUGCUCACGCCCAAAAUGAGCUUCAAGAGUCACCACUGCACGGCGCGGCUUGUUCAGGCAAUGAGCGGACUGUUCGCGUUUUACUCGAGCAUGGCGUCGACCCCUGGACAGGACACGUUUUUGGAUUUACCCCAUUGGAGUGCGCCAUAAGACAAGGGCAUGAGAACGUUGUCCGAGAGUUGCUCUCGCAGGAACAUUUUCCUAUGCCAAGACCUGAUGGCGAGUCAGCCUUGGUGGCAGCAGCCGGGUGCUGCCAGGAUAUAUUCGUCAAGCUUCUACUGGACAUGGGCUUCGAUGCGAACUCCACGAAUGAAUUUGUCCAGCCUCAUCGCAUUCCCACAAUGCCGGGGCAGUUUGUCACCAUAUCCGAGUUAGAACGGAACUUGGAUUUGCAUUCUGAGCUGCGAGGCCCCUGGAGUGCUUUACAUGCCGCAGUGCACUGCGGUAGUCAAGCUAUAACCCGGGUGCUUUUGGAUAACAGCGCAAAUCCUGAUUGCAUUGAUGCUUACGGCUGGACACCACUGCACUCAGCUGCCUCUAGAAAAUUGGAUCUGGUGCCACUAUUACUAGAAUAUGGCGCAGACGCAAACAUUCGGGACAAGCAAGGCUGCAUCCCAUUGCAUUGGGCAGUUGCAGGUUCCGUGGUCAGAGUGCAUGGAGGUGGGUGGUCAUCGCAGGGAAGAAACCUCAAAAUUCAAGAAGAGGCCGUUGCCCAUCUUUUGCAGUGUCCAUCAGACAUUAACACGAGGAACAACGAUGGGCAGACAGCGUUGCACUGGGCGGUUAGGUACGGGGAGAAAACCAUUGCGUAUCAGUUGAUCGAACAGCAUGCGGAUUUGAGGAUAACAGACGUCUACGGGCGGACUGCACUGGACUGGGCGAUCGAAUGUGGCCGUGAAGACAUGGUGGACAUGUUAACCUAA